AAUGCAUCGGUGUUUGAGCGCGGCGCGCGCGCAGUCACCUGCCGCGGAUCUCGACCGCAGCACGCGUGCGCGAACUACAACCGAGAUGCCGCGAAACGUGCGUACACAGCGAUGCGUCAACUGAAAAAAAAUACCGCGAAAUUUUAACUUUUUUCUUUUUCUUCAACUCUAGUGAACUGUGUUGCCAGUGCUUGUGUGCUCUUAUUUCUUCUUGGGACCACGUUCAGGAAUGCAUUCUAUGCGUUAGUAUUGGUCUCAAGAAGAAGUAAUAUAACAAACGUUUAACAAUAGAUGCGUGUAUAAAAUCAAUUGACUCGUCGUAAAAUGUGAAAAGGACCCAGAUACGAUAGCAACAUGUGCAGCAAGGAUCAGAUCAAUCACAUUCUCGGGAAGAUCAAUGUGGGGCUACCGUCGUGGUCCCGCGGUCUGGAGGCGGCGGAGGCGGCGCGCGCGCGCCUCGUGCGCUGGGCGUGCGGGGAGCCCCCCGCGGAGCCCGAGCCGCCCCGCAAGAAAAUGCCGCAUGCGCUCCGGCGCCGGUGGCCGCUCUGCCCUUGCUUGCAGAAUGACGAGCCUCCCGAAAUCACGUAUUGCGUGGUGGGGGGCGAGGGGGGUCUGGCCUUACAAGCCGUCACCCCCACGCACCCCAUGCCGCCCCAGGACGAGUUGGACGCCAAGUUCGCGGAGCUGGUGGUAAGUUCUUUCAUCAUCUUCAAAAUUUUCCAACCUGUGAACUUUUAUUAG